AGGGGAAAUUUGGGUUAAAAAAGGGGAAAAUGGGUUAAAAAAGGGAAAAUGGCUUCAAGAGGAGUCAAAAAAUGAGUUGAAAAGUAACUGAAGGGGGAAAUGGGUCCAAAAAUAGCGCAAAUUGAUAAAUAAAAGGGGGGAAAUUGGGUCCAAAAAGGGGGAAAAUGGGUCCAAAGUACUUAAAAGGUUCAAAAAAAGGCGGGAAAGGAGGAGAAAAAGGCGGGAAAAGCUCUUUGCGUAGAGUGCGCAUGCGCAAAGCUACGUUAAGGCGAUCCCUAUGGGUUCGCUGCGCUAUUGGCGUAGCGCUGCGCUGAUGGCGAAGAACCCCCUUUUGGGUGUUGCCCUCUACGCACGCGCAAAGCCCCAUAAAAGGCACUGUCCGCUGCACCGCUGCGCAAUUGGCGUAGCGGCACGCCUUUUUCCCCCCUUAGCGCUCGCUACGCCGUUGGCGUAGCGGCAUCGGCGCAUGCGCAGAGCGCUCUCCGGGCAAUGGCGGCGCCGGCGGAGCCUGAGGAGGCGCUGAGGCGGCUCGAGGAGCUGCUCACGGAGCUCUUCCGCUUCCGGGAUGGACUUCCCGCCCCCAAAGAGAGCGGAAGUGAGGCCGGAAGUGACGCGUUGGAGGAGGAGAUGGAGAAGACUCUGAAGUUGAUGGAGGAGGUGGAAGUGUCCCCACAGGGGUCGAGCGAGGGCUUUGGUGCUUCGGGCUCGAGCUCUGGCGUUUGCGAAGCUGGAGCUUCGCGUGCCGAAGAAGCUUUGAGCCGAGCGUAUGGGUCCCUAUGGUCCCUAUGGGUCCCUGUGGGCUCUAUGGGUCGCCGUGGGUCACGGUGGCUCACGGUACAGGGCGAGGACGCCGAGGCGCACCGCCUGCUCUCCAUGGCUCUCCGAGCCGGCGCUACGGGCGCUGAGCCGGGGCCGUUACGCGAGAGCCUGGCCCAGGCCGAGGCCGCCGUGCGCUGUGACCCCACCGACGGGCGCUCCUGGUACGUUCUCGGCAAUGCCUACGUCGCUCUCUUCUUCGCCGUGGGGCAGAGCCCAGACCUGGCCCGGCGAGCGCUGGCCGCCUACGCGCAGGCCGAGCGUGUGGAUCCAGAAGCUUCCAAGAAUCCAGAUCUGCACCUGAACCGCGCCACGCUCCUGCAGUACGAGGAGCGCUGGGCGCAGGCGUUGGACGGCUUCGCGACGGCCUCGGCGCUGGCUCCGCAAUGGCCGGAGCCGCGGAAACGCCGGGCACAGCUCCUCGACUUCCUGGGGCGUCUCUGCCAGGGGCUGCGGGCGGUGUCCCCCCAGAGCCGCUCCCGCCGCCGUCGCCCCCCUCUGUCCCCCCCUCGCUGUCCCCCCGGUGCUGCUCUGUCCCCGCUGGCGGCUCUCCAGCCCGGCCCCAACGCUCGGCGCCUCCUCGGCGGACGCGUCCUCUUCUGCCUCCGCCCCGACGGCGGCGUCCCCGUGGCUCUGGGGUUGAUGGACGCUUCGGGUUCCGUCGCCGCCGUCACCGUUUACAACGCGGCUCCGAACUGGGGAGCGUCGAUGGGCGACAGCAUCGCCGUCACCGACCCCGUCCUGAGCCACCAGCACGUCCUGCACCAGGGACAGACGUUCUCCUUCGCCGCCGUCCGAGCGCCGUCGCCGCUGUCUCUGCUCCUCAACGGGCGCCGCCCGCCCCCCCCCGCCCUGGCGCCCCCCACCCUCGCCCUCUCCGCCCCCCCCGAGCCUUAAUUAGCGCCAAUUAACACUCAUUAACCCUCAUUAACCCUCAUUAACCCUCAUUAACCCUCAUUAACGCUCAUUAACGCUCAUUAACGCCAAUGAACCUUCGCCCCUUCCUCCCGGCGGCGCUCGAAGGGUUAAAAGCGGCGCCCGAAAGGGGUUCAUUAGGGGUUAAUGAAGCUAAUUAGGGCUUAAUGGAGCCAAUUAGGGGUUAAUGAAGGUAAUUAGGGGUUAAUGGAGCCAAUUAGGGGUUAAUGAAGGUAAUUAGGGGUUAAUUAGGGGCCCCGAAAGGGUUAAUCGGUGGUUUCCAAGAGGUUCAAAAGGGGUCGUUGGGGACCACAAAGGGUUAAUUAGUGGGAAGGGGGUUAAUUAGGGCCACUGAAGGGGUUAAUUAGGACCCAGAGGGGUUAAUUA